CAUGAAUUUUUCUAUCUUUUCAUUUACAACUGUUAAAAAAAAUGAUUUCAAGCAUGUCACUUUGUUUUAAUAAACAACAAAGUCAUGAUUUUUUUUAGUUUUUCGGAUAAAAUAAAGUGAAUUUUCGACUCGAUUACCUAUUUGUUAAUUUUUUCUUUUUCUUUGAAAAAACAAAUGCUAGAACGAUUCUAUUCAACACCAUAUAGUCCAUGGCUUGUUUGGAUGGGUAUUGGAUUUUUACGUGGUUUAAUUCGAUGCCCUUUAGAACAACCUUUUGAUGCUAUUAAAACCAAGUGGCAAGCUAAUCCUUUAGCUUAUAAAUCGCUAGAAGAGAUUGUAACGAAUAUGUAUAAAGACGGAGGGUGGAGAAUGUUUUAUCGAGGUUCUCUCCCCAAUACUAUCAGGUAUACUGUACGCGAUACUUACAGAUAUCCCCUACUUUUAUUGAUGCCCGAUUUAUAUAGUUCUACAACCGAACAAGUGACAAGCGAGUGCAUGCUCUUAUCAAAACAUACAUUUCUAUAUAAAACUCUUUGUGCUUUAAUACUCUCAAGUGUAGAAGCUUUUUUGACUUCUCCCUUAGAGCGAAUCAAAACCUUACUGAUCACACGUUCCAACACGAGUCGUUCGUCUUUAUACUAUUUGUUUAGGCGAUCUUCACCACAAUAUUCCCUCUUCCAACAAAGUAUGUCCUCAUCCCUCCAAUUCAGACAUACAUUAAAUAGGAUUCGAUAUAUAAUGUCUGGGUUCACACCCUUAUGGGCAAGACAAUUUGUUAGCUGGGUUACAUACUUACUUACAGAUGCCCAGUGUAAAUCCUUUUUACGUCACAUAACACAAACGACUCAGUUAAACUUUAUAUCUUUAACUCUUACAGCUUGCAUUGUAGGAAUUGUGAAUACAUUAAUUACAAUGCCUUUUGAUGCUAUUAAAACACACAGGCAAAAAUUCAUACAAAAAAACAAUGUAAAAAUGUCUACAUAUUUUCAAUCGGAUAUUGUUUCAAUUUGGAAAAUUUAUGGUUUGAAAGGUUUUUAUGUUGGGUUUGGUUUGCGUUUAUGUCAAUAUUUUUUAAAUGCAAUUAUAACUGUUCCUCUAUUAGAUUAUUUGGAAAUGCAAAAAAUGACCUUUCAGUAAUGUUUUUUUUUUUUGGAAAACAGUGUCAACAAACAAAUGGCAUUCUUUUUAUAUAAAUGACUUUGUACUAUCACGAAUAAACUAUUUUAAUUCAACAUUACAAAAAAAAAGGUAUUCAGUAAUUAAAAAAAUUACAAAAUUAAAAUAAACGCUCAAUUCCUUCCGUCUUAAAACAACUUUUUAAAAAAUAGUUUUCAUGCGAAAUGGUGACUGGAGCGACAAUACAUAUUUGACUCGUCGUGCGCAUAAAAAGGAGCCAAAAAUUUCAUUUUGUAAAAGGGGCAUUCUUCGUCUGAACAUCGUGUUACCGCCGCAUUCUACUACACUUAAAGUGCAGAACCACACAGUUACAAUAGAGUAUUGUACUAUCCAAUAGAGUCUAUUAUUCUUUAUUUCAUGUGAAGCACUAAAAUACAUAAGAAU